AUGCCCUCUUUUGCGCCUCACGGUGCUGGUUCCCGGCUUGUCUACACCCACCUUCCCUCUCCCCGGGUGCUAACUCGUCAUUUGCCCCGACCCCGGUUUCUCUGCGGAACAACGCCAUGGGAGUGCGUUCUGGACCGGCUGGGGAAACGGCGGAUGGAAUUUGGUGCAGACGAGGAUUCCGACACGGUCUCCUUCGACGGGAACAGCUCCCUCAGCUACUGGUUUGAGGAGAGGAAGACGCGGACACUCAACGACUCCAUCUGGUUCAACUUUAAAACGUGGGCGAAGGACGGUGUCCUCCUGCACAGCGAAGGGGAGCAGGGAGAUUACAUCACCGUGGAGUUGCAUCGAGCCCAGCUGGUCUUCCAUGUUAACUUAGGCAGCAGCACCGUUUACCCGGUGAGGGGUGAGACGACCGUCACUCUCGGCAGCCUGCUGGACGACCAGCAGUGGCAUAUGGUUCAGAUCGAGCGCCACGGGCAGGAGGUCAACCUGACACUGGACGGCUACACCGAGCGCUUCCUCACCAACGGCCAGUUCGAUUAUCUGGACCUGAGUUCGGCGAUCCACUUUGGCGGACUGAUCACCCCCGAGAGGGAACGGCUGGCCGACAAGCCCAACUUCCAAGGGUGCCUGGAGAACAUUCUCUACAAUAACGUCAGCGUUAUCGACCUGGCCAGAGCACGGCGCUCACGCACGCAGACCCUGGGGGAGGUCCAGUUCCGCUGCCGCCCGCCGCCCCAGGAACCACGUUACUACCCGCUCACCUUCGUGUCGGCCACCAGCUUCCUGCAGCUGCCCGGGCAGCCCUUCCUGCAGCAGCUGGCCCUCAACUUCAGCUUCCGCUCCUUCGACACCAGCGGCCUGCUCCUCUUCACCAACUUCUCCCGCGGCCUCGGCUGGCUGCAGCUGGAGCUCAGCUCUGGGCAGCUCAACUUCUCCGUGCAGCAGAGCGGCAACCGGCGGCUCGAGUUCGCCGCAGGUUAUAACCUGUCGGAUGGAUACUGGCAUUCGGUCAACCUGUUGGCUCGGAUGGAUUCUGUGGUUGUGGUCAUUGACGAACAGGAGGAUUUGGCCAUCAAGGUGAACCACGCUCUCCGAGUGGAGACGGGAGACCAGUAUUUUUUUGGAGGUUGCCCCGCCAGCAUGAAAACGCUGGGUUGCUUUUCCAACGCCAGCGAGUUUCACGGCUGCAUGCAACUGUUCCACAUCGACCACAACCCCAUCGACUUGGAGCAGGUGAAGAGACGGAGGCUCGGGAGGUAUUCGGAGAUGCUGUUCGACGCGUGUGGGGUAACAGACCGGUGUUCUCCGAACCCGUGUGAGCACGGCGGGACUUGCGAGCAGAACGCGGAGAGCUUCUUCUGCAACUGCGACAGAACCGGUUACAGAGGAGUCACCUGUCACAACUCUCUCUACCCGGAAUCGUGCGACGGAUACAGGAGGCAGGGUGUCAGACAGUCGGGAAACUACACCAUUGACCCCGACGGCAGUGGUCCAGCGAGGCCCUUCACCGUCUACUGCAUCAUCACAGAAAACGAAGCCUGGACGGUCGUUUACCACCUGCAGCAGCAGGAGACCAAGGUGACGGGCUCGACCCUGGAGAUGCCGUACGUGGGGACCAUCCAGUAUUACAACAACACCGAGGAAGAGAUAUCCGCCAUCACGCUGGCAGCUGAGUACUGCGAGCAGAAGAUCUUCUUCUCGUGUUACAGGUCCCGGCUGCUCAACAGCCCGUCCGGACUGCCCUUCAGCUGGUGGCUGGGCCGCGACUCUGAGAAACACUUCUACUGGGGAGGUGCCAGCCCGGGCAGCCAGCGCUGUUCCUGUGGGAUGAAGAGAGACUGCGCCGACCCGAAGUACUACUGCAACUGCGACGCGGACUACCAGCAAUG